UCAAAAAUUGUUUGACCAAUAAUGACGGUCGCAUCCUACCGGGUACCGAUUGAACACCGGGGCGGAGAGUGGCAAGUCCAGGUUAAUAUUAGUGCCUUGUCGGGAUUCGAACCCUCGACAACAACAGACUGUGGACGUGAAGAAUCACAUGGCUUAAGAAAGUCCACAGAUAGAAGCCUAAAGCCUGGUCCUGCCAAUUUACGGAGCGAAGCCAUGAUGAAGUCAAUUUUCUUUUCAACUCUGUUCGUAUCAGUGAUCGCAGCUGCCUGUGCCAUCAACUGUUACACUUGCCGGGGAGAGGGCUGUGAAGAUCCCUUCGAUACGACCGAAGUGCCAACCACUUGCUCCGGUUCAUCCUUUCUACCGAACAAUUACUGCCGGAAAACAGUCGUUGGUACAUCGGUGACUCGUAGUUGUGGAACGAAUGAUAGGAAUGAGUGCACUGCAGGCUGUACCUCGAGCACGAGCUGUACCUACUGCUGCGAGUCGAAUCACUGUAAUGGAGGGACCACCUUGACAACCAGCGUCGUUGCUAUGGGCGUGGCCCUGGCGGCAGCCUUUAUCUUCUCGAGACGAUAGCUAGCUGACUGCGCAUGACCAUAGUUAGUUGAUUCAGUAACUCGUUGCAACAGCUAGAUUCUUUUCUGAAUGCUCAGUCAUUUCAUGGAGUUCAAAGACAUUGUAUAAGUGGGAGAGAAAUAUUUGGGGGCUCCGUGAUUUAACAUUAUGACACACAGCUAAUUGAAAGAGAGAGAGAGAGAGAGAGAGAGAGACAGACAGAGAGUCAUGACAGCGGAAGUCGCCUCUGAUUGUGAAUAAUGGUUACCUGUCAUUUAUAUUGAACGAGGGAGGAACUAUGUGGAACUCCAUGAU